AUGAAUUUUAUGCUCAGCAUUGUAAAUGAUACCUACAAUGUAGAUGAAGUAGAUAAAUCAAGUGAAAUAGAUAUUAAGAAAUUCAGAAGCAAGAUGUUAUCAGACAAAUCACAAAAGACAUUAAUCCAUAGAAUCAAUAAGCAAUCUACAGUUAGAAUAGAAAAUGCUGGAUUUGAUAAGAUAGAAGCAUAUGACAAAGUAUUAUAUUUAUCAUUAAUGUGGAAUACAGACAAAUUACGUCUAUAG